AUGGACCUAAGGAACAGAAGCACAGUGACAGAGUUUAUCGUCUUGGGCUUUGAGCAGAGCUCCCUUUCCACUCAGGCAUUGCUCUUUGCCCUCUUCCUAGUCCUCUAUAGCCUGGCCAUGGCCAUGAAUGGCCUCAUUAUCUUCAUCACCAGGACAGACCCCAGGUUUAGCCCCAUGCAAAUCUUCCUUGGCCACCUAUCCUCCCUGGGUAUCUGCUUCAUCACCAAUAUUCCACAGAUGCUGGUCCACCUCAUGGUCAAGAACCACACUCUCUCUUUUGCCAUCUGCUUGACCCAAAUGUACCUGGUUUUUGGUGUGGGUGUGGCUGAGUGCAUCCUGCUGGCUUUUAUGACCUAUGAUCCUUACGUUGCUACCCGCUCUCCACUUAGUUACACUCAGAUCAUGAGUCAGCAGGUCUUUGUGAAGCUGGUGAGUAUUGCCUGAUUCUUUAGGCUGAUCAAUGGCAUCCUGCUUGACUAUAUGACAUUUCAUGGUCCAUUUUGUAGAGACAACCACAUAAAAAGCUUCUUCUUAUGGAGACACCCCCCUCCCCCGUUUAGUCUGAGGGUAAUCUUUGCUGAUGUCAUCUUGGUGCUGCUCAGCCUCGUGGUGCUCACUGUCAUCUCGUAUGCCUGCAUCCUGGCCUCCAUCCUUGGCAGAGCCCCCUCCUCAGGUCGGGGGAAGACCUUCUUAACUUGCACCUCCCAUUUGACUGUGGUCAUCUUUUUCUAUGCCUUGGCCACGUUCUCCUGUAUGAUCCCCUGCAGCAUACAUGGCCUUUACAAAGACAAGCCUUUCUCCCUCCUCUGCACUAUCAUCACCCCCAUGUGAAACCCCAUCAUCUACAAUUUUUGAAACAAGGAAAUGAAAGGGGCCAUGGUGAAGGCCUUUAGGAGGGCCCGCCUGGCCCAGACAGAGUCUGUCUAG